UUGGUGGUAACUUUUGGCUCUGCCCCCCACUCCUAGCCCAGGAGAUCUAGCCAGGCUGAGGAAACGAGGCCCCUGGGUCAAGUGACCAGAGCUGGGAGCCCCUGCCUGAGAACUCCAGCUUCUCUUCCCUAGGCGAUCAUCUGUUGGAGAGAUGGCUGAUGCCCAGAACAUUUCACUAGACAGCCCAGGGAGUGUGGGGACUGUGGCAGUGCCUGUGAUCUUUGCCCUCAUCUUCCUGCUGGGCACAGUGGGCAAUGGGCUAGUGCUGGCGGUGCUGCUGCAGCCUGGCCCGAGUGCAUGGCAGGAGCCAGGCAGCACUACGGAUCUGUUCAUUCUCAACCUGGCGGUGGCGGACCUCUGCUUCAUCCUGUGCUGCGUGCCUUUCCAGGCCACCAUCUACACGCUGGAUGCCUGGCUCUUUGGGGCCCUUGUGUGUAAGGCUGUGCACCUGCUCAUCUACCUCACCAUGUAUGCCAGCAGCUUCACGCUGGCCGCAGUCUCAGUGGACAGGUACCUGGCCGUGCGCCACCCACUGCGCUCGCGGGCCCUGCGCACCCCGCGCAACGCCCGCGCGGCCGUGGGCCUGGUGUGGCUGCUGGCCGCGCUCCUGUCGGCGCCCUACCUCAGCUACUACGGCACGGUGCGCUACGGCGCGCUCGAGCUCUGCGUGCCCGCCUGGGAGGACGCGCGCCGGCGCGCCCUCGACGUGGCCACCUUCGCCGCGGGCUACCUGCUGCCGGCGGCCGUGGUGAGCCUGGCCUACGCGCGCACGCUGCGCUCCCUGUGGGCGGCCGUGGGCCCCGCGGGCGCGGCGGCAGAGGCCCGGCGCAGGGCCACGGGCCGGGCGGGGCGCGCCAUGCUGGCGGUGGCGGCGCUCUACGCGCUCUGCUGGGGCCCGCACCACGCGCUCAUCCUCUGCUUCUGGUACGGCCGCUUCGCCUUCAGCCCGGCCACCUACGCCUGCCGCCUGGCCUCGCACUGCCUCGCCUACGCCAACUCCUGCCUCAACCCGCUGGUCUACGCGCUCGCCUCGCGCCACUUCCGCGCGCGCCUCCACCGCCUGUGGCCCUGUGGCCGCCGCCGCCGCCGCGCCCUCCGCCGCGUCCGCCCGGCGUCCUCGGGUCCUGGGGGCUGCCCCGGGGACGCCCGGCCGCGCGGGAGGUUGCCGGUGGGUGGCGGCUGGGGCGGGGAGCCCCGGGAGGCGGCUGCCCGCGGCGGGGAGCCUGCCCCAGCCCUGUCAGCCGCAGGACCGGAAUAA